AUGGCCAACAACAUGAACUUUGUACGCGUAGUAGCGAACCAUAAUUCGCAGCCAUCACGCCAUAUAUAUAUAAAAGCACCUGUGACGAUGGCACAGACUGUUAGAGGGGCCGAUGCUGCAGGGAACCAGAAUCAGAAUGCUGGGAAAGGCGGCGUGGAAACCACGCAGCUGGUCGGCGGUCAGAGGCCCGGCGCAGCGCGUAAGGCGAAUCGCAUGCUGCUGGGGCUACUAGAGGAUAGUGCGAGGUACGAUAUGAAGAGUGACUAUAGCCUUCCAGAUACAUGGCUGCGGAAGCGGCGUGCGACCGCGCAGAAGACGGCGAAGGCGGAAGACAAGUCUGUUGACACCAAAAAGACGAGAGCAGCUGGGAAGAAGACGAAGCCGUCCGAAGCAGGCCCCGACGCGAAGGCGAGGUCUGGCAUGACGUCUGCCCCAAGCAGUAGCAGCACGGACGCUGCGGCCCCUGCCGCAACUGGCAAGGCACGCAAUGGCAAAGCUCGCGCGGCGAGCUCAGUAACGCGAAAUACUGUGCUGGCAAACGCGAGUCCCUUUGCCUCCCCUAGCGAGGAUGUCAUCGAGCUUCAGCACCAAUUUUUUCGCAUAACGGAUCAUCAGGACUGUGUGAACCGCGAAAUUACUAGCAGUCUACUGCUUACGCCGAAGGAUGUUGCGGACCAGCAAAUUGUGCGUCUGCACUUUAUCCUUUAUCCGGACGUCUCAGAGGAGUAUAAGGUCACCUUCGGGCACCCGAAUAAUGGGGUUUUCAAUCCGAUCCAUGAAAUCGGCAAGUGCAUCAAGUAUGCCGUGGAAAUAUACUUUCCAAAGACUUUUAAAAAGAAGGGUAGCAAGCUUCUCCAGCAGCUGUCUAAAGCAUAUGCUUCUAUGAAUCAGUCUGCUUUUGUGGAGGCAGUCGAACAAUAUAAUGAUCUUGUGCGAGCCAUACCACAGGAUCAGGUAAACGAGCAUCUUCAACAAACCAAAAAAAUCCCGAGAGCAUUUAUCCAUGAUAUAUUACAGAUGGCGUAUUCCAGAUGCGUGCUGCCGAAUGUUAACGGGCUCAAGGAAUAUCGCAGCUUCAGUAAUUUUGUGUAUGGGGAGCUUCUACCCACUUUCCUUUCUACUGUGUACCAGCAGUGCGACCUAAAGCCAGGACAAAUAUUUAUUGACCUUGGGUCAGGCGUGGGCAAUUGUGUGGUACAAGCAUCCCUUGAAUAUGGCUGUGCGCUCAGUUUCGGCUGCGAAAUUAUGAAAAACGCCAGCGCUCUUGCGAAGAGUCAGCUGAAGGAACUAGAGGAACGAUGUGCGUUGUGGGGCGUUGAUCUCAAGCCCAUUGAAUUCUCCCUCCGCAAGAGUUUCAUAGAUAAUGAACGCGUAAACGAACUCCUGCCCCAGUGCGAUGUCCUGCUGAUAAACAACUUUAUCUUUGAUACCAAGCUCAACCAAGCCGUGGAAAAGCUGAUACAGGGCCUCAAACCGGGCUGCAAAAUCAUCACCUUAAAGAACCUAAGACCGUCAGGCUACACCAUCAAUUUCGAUGACGUCGAAAACAUUCUAAAUAGGUUAAAGGUCGAAAAAUUCACACUACCAGAAGACAGCGUAUCUUGGACCUACAGGGGAGGUGGCGAGUACUUUAUUUCUACUGUCCAGGCAGACAUUGAUGAAUCGGUCUUUCAUUCUUACGCGAAAGGGAGGGUCCGCGGGAUGAGACCAGCAAAAUACACCAAGUAG